AUGUCAUGCGCAAACGAGGCGACUGAGAGUGACCACAAUCACGGACACUCACAUGGCGGUGGUAGCUCUGGGGGUGGACAUAGCCAUGACCAUGACUCUGCCGAAAGAGGGUUUGAAUACUCGUUGUACAAACACAUUGACAGAGAAGGCGUCAAGUGCCUAAAUGCGGUUGAUGAAUCCCAAGCUAAGACUGUGUUUAGACCGUGGAAUGAACGAAUGCUGAAAAACACG